UCUAAAAUUCUGAUACCACUUUUCUAACACCAGACACCAAUCAUCAAACAAACCAAACUCUCACACUUCAAAAACCAACACAACACAACACUUUUUUCUCUCAAACAACCUCUCUCCUGUUAUUGCUGCACUGUUCAAUCAAGUACACCCAUCAUCUUCCCUCUCUUCACGCCUGCUAUAGCACUCAAUUUUGUGGUGCAUGCUAGUAACUACUAGUGCUUUUAACUAACCUCUCUUCCCUUGGAACAAUUUUCAACCUUCUUCUUCUUCCUCCUCUUCUCAUCAUGCCACACCUACCUUUCUUCUCUCUCCCAAUGUUUUAACUUUCUUCAACACCCUCUGACUUCUCCACUACCUCUUCCAUUUACAUCAUUUCCUUUCCCACCCUUUGUUAUUUAUCAACAUACCCCUCAAACGAUUCAACCAAAGUUUGUAUCUUCGAUAACCCUUUGACCUUUUCUUCUUCUUCCCCGUAAUGGGUCUCUCUCUAAUUUCCCUCACAGAGUUUAUCCGUUCUGGUGUCUGAGCUUCGGCUUUGGGUAUUCGCUGUUCUAUGUUCCCAAAGGUUUAGCCUUUGGGGGUGUGGAAGUGGGAGUGUGGGAGUUGCUUUUGGUGUUGGGACAUCCCAUUUCGAAGAAAGUGUGUGUGUAGCUGCAGCUAUGGUUGCUGAAGCUUGGAUUGUAAAGAUGGGUAACCAGGUAAGUUCCAAUCUCAAGCAUGCCCUUCUUCUUGAAACUUUGACGAAGAGGAAGCAGAACCACAAGAGGUCUGAGACCAAAGAGACCAUAGGUAUUCUUUCUUUCGAGGUAGCGAAUGUGAUGUCCAAAACUGUGCAUCUCCACCGGUCGCUGUCGGAGUCUGAGAUCUCAAAGCUGAGGAAUGAGAUCUUGGGCUCAGAGGGUGUCAGGAAUUUGGUGUCCUCUGACGAGGGUUAUCUCCUUGAGCUGGCUCUGGCAGAGAAGCUUGAGGAGUUGAAUAGGGUUGCUAGUGUGGUCUCUAGGAUGGGGAAGAAGUGCUCCGAGCCUGCCCUGCAAGGGUUUGAGCAUGUGUAUGGGGACAUUGUUGGUGGGGUUAUAGAUGUGAAGGAAUUGGGGUUCUUGGUUAAGCACAUGGAGGGAAUGGUGAGGAAAAUGGAUAGAUAUGUUAGUGUCACUAGGAAUUUGUACAGUGAGAUGGAGGUGUUGAAUGAGUUGGAGCAAGCAGUGAAGAAGUUUCAGCAUAACCAGCACGAGGAGAGUAGGAGAGCUUUUGAGCAGAAGCUCAUGUGGCAGAAGCAGGAUGUGAGGCAUCUUAAGGAUGUUUCCCUUUGGAAUCAGAACUUUGACAAGGUUGUCGAGUUGUUGGCUAGGACAGUUUGUACCAUUUAUGCUAGGAUUUCUGUUAUCUUUGGAGAAUCCGCUUUGAGGAAGAAUACCCUUGGCCUCGGCCUCGGUGGAGGCUCGCCGGCAUCACAAAAUGAAUCCGGUUUUGUGUCUGGAAAUAUCAAUGUUCAGACAAAUUCAGAGAGGUUGAAGCGCAAUCAGAGCAGAAGAAAUCGAACUCAUUCUGGUUCUGUUGGGAGAACUGCUGCAGCAGAGAGAAAGGGAACUACUAGUAGGCCUCAGAUUGAUUUGAGGAGAGGUGAUUUAGCACCUCUUCGACCCGAAGAUUUUGGUUUUCCAUGUGGAACAAGUCCAGGGAGACUUUUCAUGGAAUGCCUGAGUUUGAGUAGCUCAGUUUCAAAAUUUGAUGAUGCUGAUGAUGGCUAUGUGGUGAACCGGGAGGACCAACAUAGUAGCUGUAGGAGUGCUGUGAAGGGGAGUAAUAGCAUGAAGAGGGACCAAUUGUGCUAUUCUGGUAUUCUAAAUCAUGCUCAAUAUGGUGUUCCUUUCACUGGAGAUCUCAGACAAAUCAAAUCUGGUGUACAAAGUUGCUCUACAUUAGGCCCCAAAAGUAGGUUACUUGUUUAUGCUCCUCCAUCAACACUUGGAGGCUGUGCUCUUGCAUUGCACUAUGCCAAUGUCAUAAUCGUCAUUGAGAAGCUGCUUCGUUACCCUCAUUUAGUCGGCGAGGAAGCAAGGGAUGAUCUAUAUCAGAUGCUACCUACAAGCUUAAGGGCAUCCCUAAAGGCCAAACUGAAGUCAUAUGUUAAGAAUUUGGCCAUAUAUGAUGCCCCUCUUGCCCAUGACUGGAAGGAGAAUCUUGAUGGAAUACUCAAUUGGCUUGCUCCGCUCGCUCAUAACAUGAUCAGAUGGCAAAGUGAGCGCAAUUUUGAGCAACACCAAAUUGUUAGCAGAACAAAUGUUCUUCUGCUUCAGACAUUAUUCUUUGCUGAUAGGGAAAGGACCGAGGAAUCAAUCUGCCAACUUCUUGUUGGGUUGAAUUACAUAUGUCGGUACGAGCAUCAGCAGAAUGCACUGUUGGAUUGCGCCAGCAGUUUUGAUUUUGAAGAUUGCGUGGAGUGGCAAUUGCAAUGUGGAGAUUCUUUUAUCAGUUGAGUACAUUUUGGAUUUUAAAAUCUUCCAUAUGGUGGUGAGCAUUUUCUUGAUUCUAAAUAUCUUAUGACGAUAUCAUCUCAAUACAAAGUGGAACUAGGAACUUGUUCUUUGAGGAUUACUAUAUUGCUGAAGACUUGGAAAGCAUAAUCGUGUUUAUAUUACUGUUUGACUUCUGCAGUGGAUAAGCAGUCAUAGUUAUAAAGGGUCAUAGAAGUUCAUUCUGAACUUGUAUAUAUUUUUAUGUACAGAUUGCUUAUUGCUUAGAGCAUGCUUUGUUAGAAACGUUAUCAUGAAAUAGCACAGAAACUAGUACUGGUUUCUUAAUCUUUAAGCCGGUGUUGAUUUGUUGGUGCUUGUAUUUCUAUUCAAAGAGUGAGGGACUUUACAUUGCUUGAAAUUUGCAGAUAGUUCUUACAAAGGGAAAUUUUGUACAUCAAAGAUGCCUGUUCCUGUUAUAGACCCUUGAACUAAAUCUCAAAUAUUGGUAACUUAGUUUGUAGAA